AUGCUAAUGCAGAAGCAACGGAUGAAUAUUCUGGUGAAGAAGACCACGUUGCCUUACAAAAUCUUCCAGGUUCGCAACUUAGAGCCUAGGCAGAAGUACUCUACCCUCAUCCAAACUGAAAAGUGUGACCCCCAAACGCCUCCCCCAGUGAAGAUCACAAAAGACAUGGUGGAAUUGGAACAUGAUAUGCAUGAAAACACCAAGAUAGCUGUCGAUAGCUUCAAGGCAGCCACCAACUUCUGUACGGAGUACAAUAAGGCGCUGUUUAAGAUCGUAGAGUCUUCGCUGGACGACCUCGACAAGAAACACUACAUGUCUGUCCACGGCUCGAAGGAGGCGCGCGACAAGGCCGCCUCCAAAGCCAAGGAGGCCGCCGCUAAGGCCAAGUGCGCUAUCGACACCCUAGACCGCAUGAUCAAAGCAGGCGUCCAAGCGCCACCAGAAAGCGUUGCAGCCACGCUGCGUUACAUCAAACAAUUCCGUGGUGACCUCACCGCGGCCGAGUCCACCUACAAGAAGGAAUUGGACCAGUGUGUGUUGAGCGACAAAUACUGGAACAAGGUGGAGAUGGCGCGCAGUGCAUACAAGAACGAACUGCAAGCGUUGUUCCCGGGCAUCGAUUUGAGCGCGCGCAAAUUAGACGUCAAGGGAGACACUGACUUGCUACUGCUGUAUACGCUGAAACAGAUCCAAUAUCUGCAAAAUGAAUUGGCUGAACUACAAACCAUCAGAGAUUUGAAAAUCAACAGAGCUAUCGAAUGCCACGAUGAAAAAGCGAUAAUUGAAGCAAAAGUAGAAGAUAUGAUAAAGAAGGAAAAAAUGGAAAAAGAAAAGGAAUUCCAGAAAAAGAGUUUGGAAGUCCAAGCAGAGGCGAAUAGGAAACUAAAAGAACAAUUGAAGAAGCAAUUUGAGAUCCAACAAGAGGUUCUGCAGGACAGACUCAACAGGAAAGAGAAAGAGAUAAUGGGCAAAUUCAGCCGCUCAGUGUCGGAGCAAGUGGAGAAAGAGCGCGUCGUAUUCAAGCGGGAAUUGGCUGCCAUGGCCGGCAAGCUGAAGGCCAUUGAGCAGACAUUGAAACAGCGAGCCAAAGCCGAGGCCGAGGCUCGUCGCUCGCAGUCUCUGUGGGCGGCCGGUGAAGCCUUACUAGCGGCCACGCGCCGCGGCGUCCCUGAAACUAGCAUCGAUAACGAAUUGAAGGCCCUAGAGAAGGCUGGCAAGGACGACAGACUGGUGCAGACAGUGCUAAAGGGCAUACCGACUGAAGUGCGCGAAAAGGGCAUCGCGACUGAGAAAUCCUUGCGAGAGAGGUUUGAUACGAUGGAGAAGACAGCGGUGAAAGUGGCCUUAGUAGGGCGUGAAGGUGCUACCCUACCGGUUUACUUCCUGUCGUGGCUGCAGUCUAAACUGCUAUUCCAAAAGAUAACGGAAAUUCCCGAAGAUGAGUUGGACAACAAGCCCACAGACUUCACGAAAUUGGACACGUUUGACAUCAUCCAGAGGGCAAGGUUCCACAUGAACCACGGCAACCUAGGCGCGGCGCUACGCUACGUGAACCUCCUCCAGGGAGCCCCACGGGCCGCAGCCAGGCCUUGGGUGGACGCUGCCCGGACGCACCUCGAGAUCCGUCAGGCCGCAGAGGCUGUAAUGGCCCACGCGUCAGCUUGCGGCCUGUUAUACCUGUAAGGGAACGACGUGAGUGGAUUUCUUUAGCCGUUGGUGUCUGACAGGCUUUUUGGUACAGAUUGCACAUCAAGUGGAUUGUAUUUGGUUGUAAUAAAAGCGAUUUUGCAACAAAAUUGUGCAGUCUGAUGUGCUGUUUUGAUUUUGAAAGUUAGAGGCGCCAUUAGCACAAGCAAAUAGUCAACCGUGCCCGUAACAUAAGGGUUUUUUGCAAUAAAUUAAUUUAAAAUUGUGAAUGAAAUGUAUUGUAUUGUAAAAACACUCCAAAUCUAUAAAACCCCAAUUUUGUUUUACGACUCCAAAUAACUGUUGUCUUUUAUAAAUUAUAAAAUAAAGUUAACUAUCAAGAAAUCUAUAGGAUCAAAAAAUUUUAGCAAUAUUUUGUAAACGCCUUGCUAGCUGUAUUAGUGACGUUACUCUAUGGCGUCUAGGUUAGCGAUAUAAUCAACAUAAUGAGUUUGUGAAUAUAAUGAUGAUGAUUUGUGUGUAAAAUUAUUGUAGGCCUGUUAUUUUGAUAGUAAAUAUUUACUUGUUAAUAUCAACUUUGUGAUUAUGGCAUUAAGAGUGAUACAAACAUCAUAUAAAUAUAGCAUAAGACUAUCAAUCUAAAAGACAUACUAAAAUCAAAUGAAUACUGCCAGAAUGAAAACCAGUGGCGCUAAAGAAAUUCCUUCACUUAAAACUUGGAAAAUGUUAUAGCUAAUUUAUUAGUUGACUAUACGAGGCCUGUUUCACUGAAAAUUAGCGAAUUCACGCGAAAAUCUGCUGUGAAGCAAGGCCUUUUAAGUCGAAAGUAUUUUAACACCUAUAGGCUUCCAUAUUGGGCACCAUUUCUUAUGUUCAAGCAAAGUAGCAUAUGACCAUCCAAUUUAAUUUUAGUAAGGGCUCUUUUAAAUUGGCAUUUUCUGGCACUUUUAAGCUUGUGUCUUGUGCUAGCCGCAGUCCAAGCGUAAACGCUCUAAUAAAGUUGUAAUAACGCUUCGAAGGGAAUGUGAAGCGCUAAAUCAAUCAAAAAACGCUAUUCUGAAAGAGCUCUUCUAUGAGUCGCGACAUCUAUUUGAUAAUUAAUUGAUUCCUGUCUAAAGUGAUAACGAUUGUAGAAAUCGUCUCGCUUAAACGAUGUUACUUUGUUUUUAAGCUUUGUAAAGCCUAAUUUCCACUAAUCGCAAUCUAAGUGUGUGUGGCCUAUGCCUAAAUGACGAAAGAAUUAAUAUGUUGUUUUGUUACCAUCAAUUCUUCGUUGAGAGAAUAAUUUUGAAAUGAAAUCUCCUCUCUCUGAACCCUUGAAACACUGUUAGCGUAAUUCAAUACAAUUGUUAUGUACUUAUAUUUAUUUUCGUUAAUGACGUUUAUCGUGAUCCCUUUUUUGGGAUCAUUGAUUUUGUGUUUAUUUUUGUAUCGAUGUUAUUUUUACCCAAAAAGGCUUCAGAGAAAGGAGUGCGCUAUGCUACUAGUACAACUCAAGUUGUCCAUUCUAAAUUAAGCCUUAUGCAAUGUUGUUUAGAAGUCUAUUUAGUGCGGUUCGAGUUGUAAAGACAUAUCACAUAAUUUAGUUGGUUUUUCAGAUAGAUUGAGUUAUAAAGCUUGAAUGGCAAAACAAAAUAAUUACCUACAAAAACCGACUAAGUCACGUGACAAGUCGCAUAGUAGCAUAGUGAGAUCUUGAUAAGGUAAAAGGGUGUCUGGAAUGUAAAAAAUAGGCUUAGAUAAUGAAAAAAAUCUAGAAAAAUC